CUGCCUUCACUACAGGGCUGAGAACUGAAAGCAACUGCACAGCUUCCUGUAAGUGUGGGCCACUCGACGGAGCAGUGUGCCUUUCAUCAGAGGAGCGGGGCUGAGGCCGGUGGGCAGCCUGAAUGCGGGAUCAUGUCCGUGGUUCCUCCCUCACUGCUCUGUCUUGGGUUGUGUCUGAGCCAGAGCACUUGGGCACAGAAGGGAAAUCUCCCUCCGCCUCGUAUCACAGCUCUGCCUGGAUCCACAGUUCCAGCUAAGAGUCCUGUGAGCAUCCUGUGUAAAGGACCUAAACAAGCUGAGGGGUACAGGAUAUCAAGAGUGGGAAGUCCUGAGCCCAUGGACAAAGAGGAACAGAUCACGCCCAGGACGACCAACACUUUGAGUAUCGAAAAGAUGACAACAGACAAGACAGGGCUAUACCACUGCUCCUAUCAGAGAGGAGGCCUCUGGUCCCAGUUCAGUGACCCCCUGCAGCUGGUGAUGACCGGAGCUUAUGACAAGCCCUCCCUCUCCAGCGUGGCUGGCACAGUGGUGGCUCCAGGGGAGAGUGUGAAGUUGCAGUGUUUCUCCAAAUUCAACCAUGAUGUAUUUAUCCUCACCAAAGAAGAUGGAGAUCCCAUCACCCAGAACCAAAGCUGCAGCCCCCAGGACAGAGGAUGCCAGACCAUCUUCCUCUUGAAUCCAGUCUCCUCCACACAGACGGGGACCUACAGAUGCUACGGUGCCUUCCAUGAGAAUCCCUACGUGUGGUCUCAGCCCAGUGACCCACUGCAGCUUCAGGUCGAAGGAACUACUGACUCUCCCAGCAGCACACAGCCCAGACGUUCAACUGGAAUCGGCCCUUCUACCUCUUCUCUCUCAGCGCCUACCACUUGGCAUCCUUCCGUGGAGACUCAAGUCCGCCUGAGCCUGGCUGCCCUGCUUCUCCUGGUCAUGGUCAUCCUGUUGGCUGAAGCCUGGUGCAGCCGGCGGGGGUAUCCCUCAGUGAAGUCAGAUGAGCCCCCGCCCCAGUGGACUGACAAGCACCAUUGACCCUCCGCUGGCAUCAAAGCUCUGUGCUCACCUGUGGGGGCGGCGGUUCCAGGGCCCUGGCUGGGUCACCCGUCCCAUGCAGCAGUGUACUCGCUUCCUGUCGAACCUGAAACAAUGUAUCAGAGGCACCGUGGACGAGAGCAGCCCAUUGUGAAUUCUCUUUCAGUUCUAGAGAGCAGAAGUCUAAACCCUGUCCCCAGGCCUGCACUACUUGCUACUUUCCCGUUGGUGUUCUUGCCUUUUCGAGCUUCUAGACUCUGCCUGUGCUCCCUGUCGUGCAGCUCAGUCCUCCAGACCCAGGAGGGGAGCACCUCUUCUCCUCUCUGACCUCUGCUUCCUUCCCGCCUUCUUGCCUCACACACCCCCACCCUCCUGCUUCCUUUUUAAAGAACACUUGUGGGGACUUCCCGGUGGUCCAGUGGUUAAGAAUCUGCCCUGUGAUGCAGGGGAUGUGUGUUUGAUGCCCAGUCAGGGAACUAAGAUCCCACAGGCUGCAGAGCAGCUAAGCCUGUGAGCAGCAACCAAAUGAAUAAAUAAAUAAAAAUAAAAUUAUAUUUAAAAAAAGAACAUGUGACUACAUUGGGCCCCCCACCCCGUGACAACCUGCGAAUAGCCCCCACCCAAAGACCCUUAAUUUCACCACAUCUGCAGUGUCCCUUUUGACAUGGAGGUUCUGGGUAGCGUUGCAACACUGUAUAUAGGGGGCUGUUACUCACCCUGCCUCCUGGAGAUCACUGAGUCUGAUCUUUGAGCCAGAAAUCCUUGCUUUCAUGCACUGUCUCACAGAAGAGACUCGGAAAUAAGCACGGGUUUUUGUUUUGCUUUAAUAUUUAACUCUUUAUUGAAUUUGUUACAAUUUUGCUUCUGUUUACAUUUUGGUUUUUUGGGCCAUGAGGCAUGUUGGAUCGUAGGUCCCCAACCAGGGGUUGAACUCACAGCCCCCUCAUUGAGAGGCGAAGUCUUAACCACUGGACUGCCAGGGAAGUACUUGAGAAUAAAUGUUUUAACACUCUUUUCAAUUUAGAAGAGGACAUGAUUCAAACAGAGAUGAUACUUAAUAAAUUUUGCUUAUGUGUAA